AGGGAAGCAGAUUCGACCAUAAGCUGCGCGAUAUCAAUGCAGUCCGUGCGCACGAGACGUCACCGUCAUGCGCUGCGAUCACAAGCGGCCAUUCCGCGAUGUUACAUACGCCCCGACCUUAGCUUGUGCGCUUCCUGCCCGUAUACGAGUCGCCGCGACGUAGUGGAGACCGGGGCCGGGAGACGCUCUGGAGCACAUAAUGGCCCUGCAUGCCCUCUUCAAGGUUAGUUGGUUCCCCUCUGUUUCCCAUUUCCUCCUCCCCCCCAUUGAGAGCUCAAGAUGUCUUGGUAUGCGUCUUUGACUGUGGCCUCGCUGAUCGCGAGUGCCCUUGCUAUUCCCGCCGGCCAUGUCCUUCACGAAAAGAGGACCAUCUCCAACCACCUGGAGCGGCGCAGGGUUGACGGAGACGCCAUCAUCCCCGUCCGCAUUGCCCUGAAGCAGAGCAAUCUCGAGACGGGUUACGACCGCUUGAUGGAGGUCUCGCAUCCCGAAUCCGCCCGCUACGGCAAGCACUUCUCUGCAGAGGAAGUGGCCGAGAUGUUCGCUCCGGCUCAGGAAUCCAUCGACACCGUCAAGAACUGGCUGAUGGGCUUCGGCUUUGGCGAGGAGGACAUUAUGCAUUACACCAACAAAAAUUGGCUGGCCAUUGACAUGCCCGCCUCCAAGGCUGAAGAGCUCUUUGCCACCGAGUACCACGAGCAUGACUUUGCCGACCGCUCCAUGCGCAUCGGCUGUGACGAAUACUAUCUUCCCGCCCACGUGGCGCCGCACGUUGAUUUGAUCAAACCCGGCGUGGUCAUGUCAAAUCGUAUGAAGAAGCGAUCGCUCCACAAGCGUCAAUGGGGCAACUGGCCCCCAAAUCAUAAAGGACCUCACUCGUGGCCCCACUCUCAGGGUUGGCCAUCACACACAAGUACCCCCAUCUCGGGCCCGACAUCUACAAGCAGCGGCUCGGGGCCCACCUCUACAAGUAUCCCCGCGGGUCUUGCAAAUUGCGACACUCACAUCACCCCUCCGUGCUUGAGAUACUUGUACCAAAUCCCCGCGCACCCCAACAACACCUCGCCGGAAAACGUGAUGGGCCUGUACGAGAGUGGUGAUUACUUCGCCCAGGAAGACCUGGACCUCUUUUUCGCCAAGUUCCUGCCAUACAUUCCCCAAGGCACCACCCCUAAAGUCGAUUCGGUAGACGGUGGACAUGCGCCCGUCGCCGUCCACAACCCACUCAACGGUGGAGAGUCUGACACCGACCUGGAACUGGCCUACUCCCUCAUCUACCCGCAGACCGUCACAGUGUACCAGGUUGAUGACAUUCCCAAUGCAACCGGCCAUACCAAUGCGACUGGCUUCCUCAACGACUUCUUGGACGCCGUCGACGGCAGCUACUGCAACUACACCGCAUUCGGCAUUACCGGCAACAGCCCCUCGAUCGACCCGCAGUACCCCGAUCCCCGCAAGAACGGUUACAAGGGCCAACUCAUGUGCGGCACCUACCAGCUCACCCGCGUCGUGUCCAUCUCCUACGGCAGCCCCGAGGCCCAGUUCCCCCAGAACUACCUCCAGCGUCAAUGCAGCGAGAUCAUGAAGCUCGGCAUGCAGGGCCACUCGAUCCUGAACGCUGCGGGUGACUACGGCGUUGGAGCCGGCCCGAACCAGAAUGGGAAUCCCUACGGCUGCUUGCCUGGGCCGGGAUCGAACACCACGUUCCCAGUCUACAGCCCCGACUGGCCGUCUAGCUGCCCUUACAUGACCGUCGUUGGCGGCUCUCAACUCAACCCCGGCCAGAAUGUUAACGAUCGCGAAAGCGCGAUGCAGGUCAAUCUGACUGCGUUCAACAUCGCCACUGGCGAGGGCCAGCCGACCCUCUUGAUCCAGUACUUUGCCAGCGCGGGUGGCUUCUCCAACUUCUUCCCCAUCCCUUCAUACCAGAAAGCCGACGUUGAGAACUACAUCAACACCCAAACCCUGCCCCCGUCCUACAACGCCAAUGCCCAGGGCACGAACAUCGGAGAGGGUGGAGGUCUCUGGAACAGACUGGGCCGUGCUUAUCCCGAUGUCGCCGCCAACGGCGCUUACCUGGACAUCUUCAACAACGGCACUGAAGAGCGCAUCUUCGGCACCAGCUUGGCCUCUCCCAUCUUCGCCUCCGUCCUGACGCUCCUCAACCAGGACCGUACGGAGGCCGGCAAGGGCCCGGUUGGCUUCGUCAAUCCUGUCCUAUAUGCCAACCCGUGGGUGUUGAACGACAUCAUCAACGGCUCCAACCCCAACUGCAACUCCUCCGGCUUCCACGCCACCACCGGCUGGGACCCCGUCACGGGCCUCGGCACGCCGAACUACCCUAAGAUGAGGGAGCUCUUCUUGAGCCUGCCAUAGACGGCGAACCUGAGUACCGAGUCACUCAUUACAAAAAAAUGAUUUGAUUACAUGUAAAUGAUGAAUACAACCAGCCCUUUCUGGGCACAUUCCCGGACCGUUUGAAGUCUCUAGCUGUCGUGCUUAUGAUGAAAC